AUGCAGGGCCGUCAACUACCUACACUGGGUGUUUCAAUCACCUUUUUCUCCCUCGCCACUAUCUUUGUCGCCCUCCGCUUCAUUUCGCGAAUAUUUGUGGUCAGGAAGAUUGGGUUACACGACUGGUUAAUGUUGGUCGCAUGGAUAAUUGAUUUUGGAUUUUCCUUCUCGCUAUUCUUUGCUGUUCAGAAAGGUCUUGGCCUCCAUUCGAGUGACGUCCGGUCUGAAGAUGAACUCGCUUUUAAUAAGGCCAAUUAUGCGUUCACGGUCCUCUACAAUCCGGCGUUAAUGGCCGUCAAGACCUCGAUCCUUGUCUUCUAUAUGACCUUGACGCGAAAUCAAAAGGUUUUCCGAUGUGCAAACUAUGUCACUCUGUUUGUGGUGAAUGCGGCAGGUCUUGCGUUGACAUUUGUCAAUGUUUUUCAAUGUAAUCCCGUCGGCGCUGUAUUCCUUUCCGACAUCCCGGCCCAUGCGAAAUGCACCGACAUUGUCACCUUGUACCUCUCCUCGUCCCCGGUGAAUAUUAUUACGGACCUUGCUAUCCUCCUGCUUCCGAUGCCGCUUUUAACAACAAUGCGGCUACCUUUCAAGCAAAAGAUAAUUUUGGUGAUCACUUUCUCCUUUGGUUUCUUUGUGGCCGUGGUCGAUGUGGUUCGAAUUGCCUUUCUUCAACAAGCGGCCACUUCCCGUUCGAUGGAAGUUAAGUCGAUUCAUAUUCAAAAUAUCGGAGGGGUGGAUUUCAGUUGGUACGCGUCGCUAUCUUUCAUGUGGUCUGCCGUCGAAGUCAAUCUAUCGAUCAUUUGCGGUUGUGUUCCAAGUCUCAAACCUCUUGUCACUCGACUUGUUCCAAAAUUGAUUAGAGACACAAAUGAUGAGACAUCGACUUCUUCGCCUCAGGGACUCUCUGCAGACGCAGCAGGGGGAAAUCAAGUUGCGGUACCACCACCGGCGGUAGUCCCGGAUUUGCCAGAGCUUCCAUUGCCAUUGCCAUUGCCAUUGCCAUCUGAUAACGAAGGGAAUAAGUGUCUACAGAACCAGAUUGGUAGUGUCUCUCCCGGCCGACGUAGCUCCCGGGACUCGCAGCCUAUUGGUAUAUUGGAUUUCUUAGGUUACCCAGAACCAGCCCCUGUCGAUGCAGAGGGAGGCACCCAAACUCAUACGAGCGCAUCUUACCCACCGGAUAUCACGUUCUUUGAUUUUGUCAACAUGAAGAACCCGGAAAGUAUGCUAAAGUUAAACAACAGAGAGUCGAUUGCGCCAAUUGCAUUGACCACGCUAUUAUUCUUCCUUUGGGGCUUCGCAUACGGCUUGCUUGAUAUUUUAAAUUCCCAAUUCCAAACUAUCGUCCAUUUAGGUGAAUGGCAUUCCCUGGGUCUUCACGGCGCAUAUUUUGGCGGAUACGUGCUUGGCCCUCUGGUGGUUGGCCAACCUGUCUUGAAAAUAUGGGGCUUCAAGGCCACGUUCAUAACUGGACUAUGCAUCUAUGCCUGUGGGACUCUCAUAUUUUGGCCUUCUGCUGUUCUAACGUCGACGCCUGCGUUCAUUCUGUCAAAUUUCAUUGUCGGGUUUGGUCUAGCAGUUUUAGAGACUGCGGCAAAUCCGUUCAUUGCGUUAUGUGGACCACUUGAAAAUUCGGAGAUCAGACUGAAUAUCUCACAGGGUGUGCAAGCUGUUGGAAGCGUCUUAUCGCCGCUCCUAGCGAAACGGGUUCUCUUCAAGGAUGUUCAGGACGUCGCAUCUUUGGUUGACGUACAAUGGGCAUAUCUCGGCAUUGCUCUAUUCGAUGUCUUGCUGGCAGUGGCGUUCUAUUACCUACCAAUCCCAGAGGCGUCAGAUGAAGAUUUGGAAGAACUGGCAAAUCGACGCCGAGAAGACAACAUGACCAAAGUAAUUGGUAUUCCGGUCGUUUGGCUGACUCUCGGCCUGGGAAUUUGGUCUCAAUUCUUCUAUGUGGCUGGACAGGAAGUGCUCGCAACAGCUCUCCAACGUUUCGUUCUUACCGCCCGUCCAGAUUCAUCACUCGCACCAUUCGAUUUCCUGACUAUUGGACACAGCAUUUUCGCCGUGGGUCGCUUUUUCGCCGCAUUUGCUCAGUGGUUCCUCAAACCACGCUGGAUUCUGAUGGUCAGCUACAUCGGCAUGAUCGUCUGCUCCGUUCUUUGCAUGAAAACAACCGGCACGGCAGCAAUCGUCAUGGCAAUGCUGCUCUACCUAUUCGAGAGUGGUGCAUUCAGCAUUAUCUUCGCCAUCUCCCUGCGUGGCACAGCCCAGCACACAAAAACAGCCGCUGUCUUGCUGACGAUGGCAAUCAGCGGUGGCACGUUUUUCCCAUUUGCCGAGUAUGCAGCAUACCUCGCACACGGCGAGUCAUAUUCCUUCUGCGUUAUAAUCGCUGUCUUCUCCGCCGGCGCCAUCUUCCCCAUCUACCUCAACCUCGUACCCGCCGUGAAAAAGCAAGUUGACCCUGUUCCUAAUGAGUAUCUCCGCCGACAUCGCCGCCGAACUCGCACCGCGGUCGACAGCAUGCAUCGCGAAAAGGAUAAUCCUUCUACGGGUGGUGUGCUUUCACGUCCGCGCAGUCUAGCCUCCAAUCCGGACCACCUACCAGAUCUUCUACUCCCGGAAGAGGUUCAACAAAACUCGCUGGCUCGUGAGCUUUCAAAAGCCAAAUCGACAUCCAGCUCUAGCUCGCGUGUCAAGCCGCAUUUGUCCCGCAAUUCUGGCUCAAAGCAAAGGAUCAACACCAGAGUCAAUGAUUCCUGA